GAGGCGGCGGGGCCGCAGCCCGCACCGGGCCCCGCGGCGGGGCCGCAGCCGGGCGCCGAGGAGAUCGACAUGUCCCUGGAUGACAUCAUAAAGCGGCACAGGAAGGAGCAGCCAGAUGCCAGCGCCGUGGGCGACAGCAGAAGGCAGCAGGUCAAGAGCAGGAGCUCAGCCCCUGGCUAUGGACGGCCCCGGUACCGAGCCUGGAAGCAGAGGAAUCUGCAAGGACCUCAGCGUUUCAGAAGAGGCUUUGGACAGCAGCAGCUCAAUCGGAGGCAGUUCAGGAAUGCUCUGCCUGGUGGCAAGAGAAGAGCAGCUGCUGCAUUCCAAGGAGUGAGCCCUUUGAACCGCCAGGACUCGGCCCAGGAGGGCACCAAGAAGAGCAAUGCUUUUGCCAAAAGCAGUGGUGGGCAGCAGGAGGAACAGCCACAGCCAUCUGCAAGCCCCAAGAGAUUCAGAGCAGAUGCUGCCAGCAUCCGUGCCCCAGGGAGGAGCAGGCCUUUCCUGCUGAACAGAGGAGCAGCAUUCCAGCAGAAGCGGAUGCAGCAGUGGUUCUACAAAGCUCCCUUCCAGAGAUGGCAGAUGGAUUCUCAAGGAGAAGGGAAACCGCCAAGGAUGAGAAGGUGGCAAGUGAAACCCAGCCCGGGAGCAAUUCUGACGGUUUCUGUGCUUAAUCCCCAGGCGGGCCAGCUCAGCCUGCCUGGAUCCAAGCGCCCAUUCCUGCGAAGCCAGAGAGCCCCAGCACAGGUGGCCAAGCCCCAGCCCCGGGGGGUGCUGCUGAGGUUCAACUUCCGCGCCAUGGCCAACCAGGUAGAGGAUUGUCGACGGCACAGGAGGCACCUGGCUCCCUGCAGCAGCCCUGCCACUGAGCUCUUAACAUCACACUCAGGUUUCUGGGGCUGCCAGCUGGGUUUAUCUAACACAACCUGGGAGGAAAGUCCCGUAGCUGUGCUGGCCAGGUUGCUCACAAAACUGAAGGCACUUGAGAAGACUGUUCAGCAACUACAGACUCGGCCCAGUUUUCCCCACUCUGAUGGCCUGUCUUGGCCUGUCCGUGUGCUUGCUUGGAGCAGGGAGGUCCUGCUGAUGAGUAGUCCUGGCCAGAGGGGACUGUUUCACUGUCAGUGCUUCCCAUUCCUCAGAGACACGUGGCACUUCUGGGCUUUGCUCGCUCUUUGCUUUGGUGCCCUUCUUGGUGUCACAUUUUACACUGAAGUAUGGUCCAGGAGCCCUGGGGCAGCUGAGAAAUCCUGCUCCGCCUUCUUCAUUGCCGGCGUUUCUUGUGUGGACGGUUUGGUUUUACCUGGUGCCUUGUGCUCAAAUGCCAUCUGCUUGCUCCUGUUCUUGCCGAGGAUGCCCUGUGUCCUGGGGCUGGGAGCUGCUUGGAGGUUUUCCAGCCACACACAGUCUGUCGAGCUCCCUGUGUCUGUGUGCUGAGUGGUUUAAUUGACUAACCAGCUGUGAAUCACCAGCCUGACUGAUGGGCUCUAAUCAAUACCCCUGCUACGAGUUUGGCUGUGCUUUGCCACAGGACAGGGGACUGACUCGCUCUCGCUUUCCCCUGCAGACCAGCCUGACUCUGGAUGAGAGGUUCUCUGGUCUGAGGAAUAAGAGGCGCUUUACAGCGGCCAGGAGCGCCCGGCGGACGGUCACCAUGCCU